AAGUCAAACAAAGUGUCAUAAAAACGUAGGACUAGUUCUACAUUGCCAACGCUGUGCUUCUAGCAGAGAAAAAAAAAUCUGUGGAACUGAAGAAUGGCCUCUACAGUCGACAUCACAGACAACAACCCUGCUUUGGACGCUGAUCCGGAUCUCCCGGAUAACCCGGCUCACGAGUUUGUCCAGUUCGGAGCGGGGUGUUUCUGGGGAGCAGAACUGGCGUUUCAGCGAGUUGAAGGUGUAGUUAAGACAGAGGUUGGCUACUCUCAGGGUCAUAUCCCUGAUCCAAAUUACAGGCUGGUAUGUGCCGGUACCACCAACCAUGUCGAGGUGGUCCGUAUCCAGUUCGACCCUGAAGUCUGCCCCUUCACCAAUCUUCUCUCUGUUUUCUGGGGCCGCCAUGAUCCCACCACUCUCAAUCGCCAGGGUCGAGAUGUUGGAUCACAAUAUAGAUCGGGGAUAUAUUACUACAAUGAGAACCAGGCUCGUCUGGCAAGGGAGUCACUCGAGGCUAAGCAAUUAGAGUUGAAGGAUAAGAAAAUUGUGACAGAAAUUCUUCCAGCCAAAAGGUUUUACAGGGCGGAGGAGUACCAUCAAAAGUACCUGGAAAAGGGAGGACGUUCAGGGUCUAAACAAUCUGCUGAAAAAGGUUGCACUGACCCCAUCAGAUGCUAUGGCUGAUAAUGUACGUAAUAUCAAGUUUUAGUAUUUCAGCUUUAUCUGGACAGCACUUAAGCUUCUUGUCAGUUAAUCGACCUGUUAUUGUGUUGCCUUUUGACUUUAGUUAUGUUCUGAAGAUUGAAAUGGAGUCUGAACUUAUUGGUUUCUUUUUUA